AGGCCCCUGAAACGGACUUUGGACAUGCCUGCCAUAGUAGGACACAUGGCCACCCUAUCUGCUGGCAAGCAUUAGGUUGUGGCAAUGAAGACAGAGAAAGUGUUGUGAAUCCAUGGUUCCAUGGCAAUGCUGAAUCUUUACCUUCCUGCGUACAUGGUCAUGCUGUGUGAGUGCUGAACUGUGAGGCCGGGCUAGCAUAUUCUUGAAGUGCCAUCAGUGGCCACAUCAUAGCAAGAGCACACCUCAGUGAGGGAGAGGUGUCGGUGGUUUCACACACAGCAAGAGGGCUGGCACUCAGGACAGUGGUGAAGCUGAUAUGUCAGCAUCUGUGCUGGCAUUCCACUUGUCGUUAAAUCUCCAUGGCAACAGCACAGGCUUCUCAUGUGACCUGUGACCCUGGCAAUUGUCUUUUUGAUCCUUACUCUCUGGAUUCUGAGCCUGACAACGGCAGCAUGGGCAGCGUGGGCAGCCUAGUAGAGAAACAGGAUUUCUUGCCAACUGCUCCGGGAGGUCUGCGCGGCAUGCGUCAGCCAGACGGGCUGCUCCGGAAAGGAAUGUCACAGCGUGAAGUUUUUGGCUACUUGCAUGGGGGCAAGCGGGACACCCGGGCUGAGAAGAAGCACCAGUCAUCUGGAGGUGGCUUUAAACGGGACUAUGAGAGUGACCGGGAAAACCAGUCCCCCGAGCGGUAUUUCCGGGACAAUCAACGAGCAGCUGAUUUCUCCAAGAGCUCCUUGCCUGAACGUGGACGCUUUGACAAGUGUCGGAUAAGACCCUCUGCCUUCAAGGUGGUGUCUGGGAAGAGCUUGUUGUCCAUGCCGGGGCUGUCAUCAGCCAAAGGCCAGAAGCUGUCCAAGAGCAACGGGAGCCUGCACACACUGCUGACCCAGAGCAGCACCAGCAGCUCCUCGCAACGCGGCCCUCUCCGCAGCCACCUGCUGCACACCAUCAGCCUGGACGAGAGCACCAACUCUAUCCAAAGCUUCCCCACCUACACUCCCCGUUUCAAACCUGCUCCAACCCAGCUCAGUGCUUCCGUAGGCCACAUCAACCACAUUGGCGGUUCCUUAGACAGGGCUUCUCGGGGGCCACGGGAUCCUUUGGCUGUAGACAAAGCACCUCUGUCUUGCAAGAGCCUCAGCCGCCUGCAGAGCUCUGGGGAACCACCCCCUCCGUAUGAACCCACUUACUCCUUGGAAGAUGUGGUGAAGCAGCUCGAGGACCGGCUGACAGAGAAGGGCAUGGAGCUCCGCCAGCUUAAGAGAAAUCUGAGUGAGAACGAUGAUCCCUUCACACAGAUGUUUGAGGACAAACAGCGCUUGUGGAUGGAUGAGCUGGAUGAACUGAAGCAGAUGUAUGUAGCCAAGCUGCAGCAAGUGAUGCAACAGGCCCAACGCAGCCAGCGGGCACUUCAGCUGCAGCUCUACAAAGCUCAGCAGGAAAAGAAACGGCUGCAGGAAGAGCUGGACCUUCAGCAGAGGCAGUGCGAGGAGCUGAGGCUGCAGCAGCAACAGGCAGAGCGCCUGAGCCCCAAGUUGGAGGAGACCCAGUGGGAGGUCUGUCAGAAGACUGCAGAGAUUUCAUUGCUCAAGCAGCAGUUCCGAGAUGCCCAGGAGGAGAUAGCCCAGAAACUGGGUGAAAUCUUCAGCUUGAAAACACAGCUGCGGGAGGUCCGAACAGAGCUGCAAGCCAAGGACUCGCAACUGGCACAGCUGGGGGACUCUUUCCAAACCUUGCCAGAGCGCAGCUCCCCUGUUCCUCCACGGGACUCUCCCAUGCAAGCAUGCCAGGACUUUUUGGGUUGUGAAACAGAUGACUCUAAAAGUCAGGGGAUGCAGGGGGAGAGUGCAGAGGGCGCUGAGUGGCUAUGGGGAGAAUUGCUGCGCGAGAGGCGCCAGGCCCAGCUACAAGCUGCAAACUUUGAGCAGGAGCGGAAAACUUGGCAAAAGGAGAAGGAAAAAGUCCUGCGCUAUCAGCGGGAGAUUCAGGCCAGCUAUAUGGAGAUGUACUACCGGAACCAGACACUGGAGAGGCAGCUAAGUGAGUUCCGGCAGUUCCAAGCUGAGCCCAGAAGUAUCAGCUCAGAGCCACCUUGGAUUGAAAGAGUUGAGUCCUCAAAGAUCUGAACACUAUGCCUGGGGCUCUGUGCUGGAAUUACAAAGGGGAAAGGUACCACACAGCAGCAUGGACCUUAGGGUUUUCGUAGAAGGAGUGGUUAAACUAAAGGGCUGGUUAACCUCGUCCAUAGAGGAUUUUGAAGACUGCUGCUGUCCAUGGAAUGAAAUCCCAGCAUUGCACCUGGCAUUUUCUGUCUGUCCAGGUAGGCCUUUGCCUCCCUGUCACUGCUGUCUUGGAGGGCAGAAUGCUUUCCUGUUGUGUCCUGCUUUGUGCCCACACUGGCACUGUCUGUCAGGAUGGAAGGCUUGUUAUUGUGGAAUGUGAACGGCCACGAUUGGGAGCUAUGGCCCUUCUUGAAAAGGUCUGAAGAAGAAUGUGCAAAAGAUGGUGCCACCAAGUAAUGAGCCCUUUGUGGAGCUUUGGCUGUGUCUCUUCACAACUUGAGACUUGGCCUGUUGCGCUGAGAAGCAGCGGCGGAGCAAGCUUACAACACAAGGCCCACACAACUGGAGCUUAUAAGACAGGCACAGCAUGAGGGCCAGCGGCAGAGCAAACUGACCGCGCACCUGGGGCAGCACAUGU